UGAGUUGUGUUUAGUAUCUUUGCAGGAGAAAUUAGUCAAAGUUAAAAAGAUGUUACUAAGGCUGGGACCCUAUAUGUCCUGUUGAUGAAGUUAGGUGCUGUUCUGAGCAUUAUUUGUGGCUAUACAGUGGUGUUUUGGUUGAGCGCGUGGCUCUCUGUAUUUCUAUCAUGCAUGUCUAACUCGGUGUUACGGUGUGUUUGACCCUAAAUUGAUUUUACGCCGGAAUAUCCCUGUAAAUGCCGCUUUCUUCUCUUAGUUUUGGCGCGGUUUCAUGAAAACAAACAUUUAAACAGCGGAGGCGCCAAACGCGACUAGAAUGCUAACGGCUAACGAGCUAGCUAAAAAUCACCUCGCAGUUUACCUGCUACAUACACCCCUAACCGACCAAAGAAACCCACAGUUACUGUCUCACAUCGAGUCCAGCUCAUACUGUAGGGACGGUAUGAGAGAAAAUGCAUUUUGUUGUGAAACCGAGACUUUUUUUGAACCGCGGUACUUCGACGCCGAUGACCAGUGUUACGGUUAUUUCUGCUGCCGGAUUAUCUGGUGACAUCCUGGGCGGAUGUUCUUCGGCCUUUGAGAACCUGACGUUUACUACCCACACUAUGGACAUAUUGGUAAGUACAAAUACUCAUAAAUCUAUGAAAUUUUCAGUAACUAGGAUAAUUAUAUUUAAAUUACAACAAAAGUUGUCCCCUAUGAGCCACUGGAUUGUUUGCAAUGUUUAAACAGGCACCUGCACAGUCACCUAUUUCUUUUUUUCCCUCUAUUUUACGUUUUUAACCCUCUCGGAGACUCCUUCCCUUUAAACAUUGAAAUCUCAGAGCACAUUAUGAAUUAUUAAAAUAGAGAAUUAGACAUCUUUAUGGUAAACUUUUUAUUUCCAUAAAAAGUAACAAAACAGCCGCUCAGCAGAUGAUUACAUGACAGCAGGAAGUAUGCAUCACAACACAUAUCAUUGAAAAUAAGCAUUAGGAGACUCUCUUCUGUGCUGUGUGAGUCACUUCACAGUUUUAGCUUUUGUCUGGAUCUGCUUCUUGCGUUGCUGCAGAGGGGGGCAUGCAGGGGGAGCGGCCUGCGGCUACAGUAUUUUGUGUCUUUGACCUUCUCCUUAGCAGUUAUGUGGAUCCCUUGGUAAAAGCUGAGAGCUUUCACCCUUUGAAGAGCUCAGAGUCUCUGAUUUGGCUCGUGGUCCGACUAUGACGGGGGCGCAUGUCUUAGGGAUGAUGGUGGUCAUGGUCCGAGUCAGGACUCUUCCUCUCCUGGAGGCCAGAGUCGAACCUGCUGCAGGCCACUGUCUCCUGUCAGGACCUCUGAUCUCCGCCUGCUCUCUGGGGUGUGUCUGAUGGGAUUUGUGUGGUUGUCGGCUCUGCAGUUUAACCUGGAGGUCUUUCAGAGCCUGGUCAGUGUAGGUCUGCAUCUCUUUACGUACCUGAGAAAUCUGCACCUCAAACUCCUCUCUUAAGGCUUUCUCACUGGCCCCGAGCUUUGAGUCAAAAACUGCACAAAAAUUCUCCUCCUGCUGCUCCAUCACAGUUUUCUCCUCACCCGCCAAAGUCUCUUGUUUCUGAUCCUCUCCACCCUCAGCCACCCCGUUCACCUGUGCGCUCUCUCUGUCUCGGACCCUCUGCACCAGCUCCAUGAUGCCGCCGCUCUUCGGGGCCCUUGUGCCCGCCUGAGACCGGAUUUUUUCACGUACCUGUUUGAGAACAGACUGCAUCUUUGCAUGCUUCUCCUUCUCAGCAUCAACGGCGUCCUCAGGACACUCGUCAUGAAGUGUGAUGGAGCAGAUCAGCUCUUCUGCUGCAGCAAUGACAUCCUGCCGCUCCUGUUCACCGUUCACCAGUAUCUGUGGAUUCAUGUUGGAAGAAGAUUCACUUGCUUUUGCUUUUGUCUCGUCAGGAAGGUCUGCUGCCUUCAACUGAGCUACUACGAUGUUGUGAGGAGUGUUGUUGAGGGUAUUUGUCCCCAGAGAGGCUGAAUACCUGGGGAUUUAAUGCAGUGUGUUGUAUGAUGACAUUAGGGUUACACAACAGAAAUGCAAACGAACCUGCUGACAAAUCAAACCUGUCAACAACAGGCAGUUUUGCACAAUAAACAAAAGCUGCAAAAACUGAAAUUAAAACAAAUGCAACUCUGCCUGAAAGUACCUCAAACUUUUCAUACCACGUUAUUUUUGCACGUCUUAAAGCUUCAAUUAUGUCACCGAGCUGAUUUAUCGUAAAAUUCAGCACAUCGUGUGUGUUUUUCAUUUCUGUGUGUGAGAGUGUUCUUUUGCCUCCCAUGACAACUCCAAACCUCCUGGUGACAGUGUGAAAAACAAAGGUCUUCAGGGACGGUCGCAGCGGGAGCUCAGAGGAGCGGGCUUUCAAAUCUCAGGAGUGAGAUAGUCCAGCUGAAACACAGAAGAAAUAAUAAAUCCAGUUAAUCUCAUAAACAAAAAAACACAAAAUCUGAGGAAGAGACCGGGGUGAUCGACAAAAUAAUCAGCAACUGUUCAUGACGUUUGUAAGAAGUUCCUAGAUAGAUCCAAACCUUCAUAGAUCCUCAUAUAAAAGUUUGAUGAAGAGGACACGCUGGGAUAAACACAGUUAAUGGUUAGUCACAGCUCCAUCUGGUAUCUGAUCAGUGGUGGUGAGGACACACACGGACAAUUACGUCCACAUGUCUGAAGAAGCUCUGCAGAAAAAACUUCUUGGAUGUGUAUAAACCAUGAUAACUUGCCCUCUCUGUGCCUUUUUCUAAUUGAAAUGCAGGAAAAAAUUCCUUGAGUAGCUGCUCCUCUGAAUGAUGAAACAUGCCGGCGUGCCCCUUCGAUGUCCCUCCAUUUUAAAACAAAUGGAGAAAGUUCCCUCUGGAUGCUCCUGCAGUGUAUGAAACAUAUAAAGUGUCAUCUGGACAUCCUCCCAAUAUAACGAAGAAGUAAAAUUACAAAGUAGAAUUUAAUUUUUGAUGAUUCUAUUACAAGCACAGCCACACCUUCAAUAUUUACCCUCUACUUUUCUGCUUCUGUGUUUAACCACGCUUCUAUCUAUCUAUCUAUCUAUCUAUCUAUCUAUCUAUCUAUCUAUCUAUCUAUCUAUCUAUCUAUCUAUCUAUCUAUCUAUCUAUCUAUCUAUCUAUCUAUCUAUCUAUCUAUCUAUCUAUCUAUCUAUCUAUCUAUCUAUCUAUCUAUCUAUCUAUCUACUUUGUGUCUCAUAUUUCAGUAAAUAAAUUUCAGUAACUCUCUGUUAAACACUUCACACUCUCUUGUGCUCGAGUUCAGUUUGCACAGAUGAAACACUUUGAGCGUCACAUUUAUUCACAGCAGCUGAAAUCCAUUAACUCAAACUAAAAUGUCCAAAAUCAGAAAAACUUUCAAUGUACAAAAAUAUAUUGUUAAACUUUAACGUCUUUGAGCUCAUAUCGAUCUGGACUAAUUAAAAAGUUUGGACUGAUAUUUGUGGACUGAUGGGUUGGGGUCAUUUUAAACACGCCACGGUUCACUCAGCCCAAAUCCUGCGAGCCAAUCAGAGUCCAGCAUGAGUGAGCCUCCUCUCGCCACUAAACACUAACAUAUGGACGCCGUCUUCUGAGAGAGCGCAGCUGUAACCCUAAACCUUUGUGGACAAACAGUUUUUUUUUCUCCUAUAGAGUAAAAAAAAAAAGUUCAUUAUCAAACAUUAUGGAGACAUUUUUUAAAUUAAUCAGAGGAUUUAAAGAUUUAGUUUAGAAUAAUCUGAGAGGAAAAGAGAUGAUGAAGAUUUUAAUCUGAGCUGUGGUAUGUUGGCAUGUUGUUUUCCUGAGUAAUCAUUGUAUAAUGGCAAAAUGGCAACAAGCAUCAGUGCUCUUCGUCCUCCUCCUCCUCCUCCUCUUUCUCCUCCUCCUCCUCACCGGUGGGUGUGGACUCAGUAAACGUCACUCUCGGCUUUAAACUUCAGAACUUCAUCCUGCUUUUCUUUCUGACAGUCAGGUCAGGUCAGCGCAGCAAAAUGGUGAGUUCACUUUUUAAAGCCUCUCUCUGCUGUUACCUUUGACUGAGAGUUUAAUAUUUUUUGACUUAAUUGAACUUGAAAAUACUUAAAAAUUUUAAUGUCCUCUGAAUAUGAAGUCGUGACUAAAUUUGUGCUCUUUUUUUUCUUCCAGACGACGUACACAGACAAAGGUGAAAAGGUAGGUAACCUGAACAGAGAUUAUUGACACGCUGUAAAGUCACAGAUGGAGUCUUUAUAUUUUCUCAUAAAUAAAUGAUGUUUUUCAUAAAUGUCUCCACCGUCUGUUACUCUAAUGAUGAUAAUGAUGUUUCUCCUCUGCAGCACGAGCAGGGCCGGUUCCUCUGCUUCGACCACCUCACUUUCUGGGUUGGAAAUGCCAAGCAGGUAUUUUUUUUCCUCCUCUUCUUCAGAUGUUCUUCUCCUCGUCCUCUUGAAUUGUUUUCCUCACAGAUGGAGAGCUCGUCUAUCCUCUCAGCCAGACUAUUGGCUCUCCUGAGGGGUGGAGGGGGCACAGUGUACAGAACCACAGACCGUUUAGUGGAUUUUACAACAACAUUGGAGUUGUCCUCCUGUUACACCAGGAGAUGGCGCUGUUGGAGACUCUUUGUGUUAGGUCGUGAUGACAGAGUGAGAUGUUUUUGGAGUAAAAUCUGGAUUUUCUUUUUCAGGCGGCUUCAUAUUACUGUAAUAAACUGGGAUUUGAACCUCUGGCCUACCAGGGUCUGGAGACGGGCAGCAGAGAUGUGGUUUCCCACGCAGUCAGACAAGGAAAGGUAAAAAAAAAAACUGUUUAUCAGUGGGGAACUUUUUACUCUAAGGUGGCAGGUAGACGAUGAAACUGUAAGAAUUUUAGUAAAUAUUUUAAGAUAAUGUUACAGUGUUAUGAUUAAGUUAUAAGAAUAAAUUCAACGUUGGGGUUAAAGUCAGACUAUAACAAGAAUAAAGUUGUAUAAAACAUAAUAUUACAAGAAUAAAAUUACAGUUAAACUCUAAAACUACACGAACACAGUUUUAAUAUUAGAAGAAAAGUGUUGUACUAAAUUAAACCCUAAUACUUUCUGAUUAAAGUCUCAGUAAAAUCUUAAUCUUAUAAGAAUUAAACCAUAAUAACACAGAAUGGUGGUGUAUUAAACUCACCGUUCAUUAUUACAAGAAUUAGUCUUAAUAUUAGGAAAACAGAGUCAUAAUAAAUAAUAUCCCACAUGUUUAGUAUGAAGUUGUAACAUAAGAAUAAAGUCAUCGUUUAUGGAGAGAGGAUUUAUGGUAAAGUUUAAGUUUUUGGUGAAUUUUAAACUUUUUUAACAUCAGAGGAGCCGACAGCAGUCUGUGGAAAAAUGAGUUUUUGUUUGAAUUAAAAUAAAAUCAUGAUAAUCCUCCUUCACAGCAGCUACAACAUUUGUGUUUAGUGUUGACUAAAAUAAAUUUUUACUGUAAACCUAAUGUGAUUUUCUUUAAUGUGACCCUGAUACUCUGAUGAUGGAGUUAAUCGUCGACCAAAACUCUGACAUUAACCUCCUUUUAUUCUUUAUUGAUACUGAUCGUGUGCAUCAGUGAACGCUGUCAUUCACAUCAUACCAACGUAUCAAACCUGCAGACAUUAAAGGAGCAGCAGACAGAAGGUGUCGGUUCACCAAAGUGAGGUUGGACCCCAGGUCCUCCUGAACAGCAGCCUCUGCUUCUGCUGAAUGUGGUUUAUGUAAAGAAGACGAGAGACAAAAACUGUUUAUUAACUUACCUGCAAAAAGUCAAAUUUACCUUUUUAGAAAAACAAAAAUAAGGAAAAUUAAAACCAACUUAAACUGAGAUUCAAACACGAUUGUUCUGAUCAGGGUUUACACUCAGGAAAGAACAAACAAACGGAUAAUUAAAACUAUCUAAAGAUUUAAUCACGUUAUUCUGAUCAGGUUUACGGGUCAGAAAUAUUCUGAGCUCUUAAUUUUCUGUCUGUUUUUUUGUUUGUUUGUUUUUAAUGUGAAACGUUUGAUAAGUUUGACAGUAGAGCUUCAUCCUGCACCUUUUAGCUUAAACUAAUUAGUUAAUUCAGAUGUGUUUCUUUCUGUAUUUUCUUCACUAAAUUCGACUUAAACUGAACCGCUAAAUAUUUGGCCUGUGGUGAAUGUUAAUGUCGGACUCUGCCUGCGAAUACAACAAACAUAAAACUGUGAAAAAAUUAACAUUUUACAAAGAAAAUCUCUGAAAACAUCAAAAAAUAAUCAGAAAUAAUAGCGAUGAAUCCGUGCAGGCUGGUCUCUUAUACUUACUGUCAAAAGUGAGUUUAUUUCUGUGUUUCUCACUUUGUGUUCACAGAUUAUUUAUGUCUUCUCCUCGGCUCUCAACCCUGGAAACAAAGGUACUGAACUUCACUCAAACCUGUCGAUCUAUAAAGUGAAAAUGCAAGAUUUCAAAUAUAAGAUUCAUAAAUCUGAGACUGUAAAAAGAGGACUGUUUUCCACCAACUGUUUUCAUCUAAUCACUUCAUCUCUGAGAUUUAUGAAACUCUCACACCCACUAAACCUGUCCUGAUAAAUCCACACGUACUUCCCUCACAUCAGACGACUUUUGGACAGAUUUGACUUCCUUUAAACGGUGUAACAGUCACAGACAUGUUCGUAAACGAUGCUAAAGUCGUAAAUAUAAAAGUAUUUGUUGACUUUGUUUUCUCAGAGAUGGGGGAUCAUUUAGUGAAGCACGGGGAUGGAGUGAAGGACAUCGCUUUUACAGUGCAGGACUGUGACUUCCUGGUUCAGGUGAGAGGCGACGUUUAAAAGCUGCUGAUGAAUAUCGUUAGAGUUAUCAUCGCAGUGAGAAACAUUUCCUCUUUGACAGAAAGCCAAAGAGCGAGGCGCAGUGAUUGUUAAGGAGCCGUUCACGCUGGAGGACAAGUUUGGAAAAGUCCGACUGGCCGUGCUUCAAACUGUGAGACAUUUGAACUCUGUCUGAAUUUAACAAAUUAUUAAAUCGUUAGAAACGACCUAAAACUGGACUUCUGUUUCUGCAGUACGGUGACACCACACACACGUUUGUGGAGAGGACAGGAUACUCCGGUUUGUUCCUGCCCGGUUUUCAGCCUCCUCUGUUCAAGGACCCGUUUUUAGCUAAACUGUGAGUGUGAACCUGUGGAUCAGGUCUAAGAUGAGAGAAGAAGAAGAAGAACUUUAAAAACAAACUGGAUUAGGGUCAUGAACAGAUGUUUCUGUUUGUCUGUUUCAGGCCGAGUGGACAGCUGAACUUCAUCGAUCACGUUGUGGGGAACCAGCCGGACGAGGAGAUGGUCCCGGUGGUGGAAUGGUAACAGACACGCUCCUCACACCUUUACUGAGAUCUGACAUCAGGGUGGGGGACAGGAGGGGUCAAAGGGCGUCCGGGUCUUACAUAACUCUGCUUUACUGGCAUGAGUCAGGGACCAGAAUGACUCUGCAUUUUCUUAAGUACGUCUCCAGCAGUUCUGCACAUCUGGAUCUGGUUUUGAGCCCAUCGUAUAGGCAUGUAAGGCGGAGGGAAAGGCAGCUCUCUAAAUGAGCCAGCUCAUUGGUUAAUCCUUAAAAGAGGGGCGUGACACAAGCUACAGAUUUUUAUGUGCGUAACCUCACAGAGCUGGCUCAUAACUCAGAGUGUCAAUCAUUUAUGAUGAUGAGGAAACAGGCCGAGAGUUUGAACGCUGAAGCUCGUCUGAUGAUGUCUGAGCUAACGCCUCCUCUGUUCCCAAAGGUACCAGAAAAACCUCCUCUUCCAUCGCUUCUGGUCGGUGGACGAUAAACAGCUGCAGACUGAGUUCAGCGCUCUGCGCUCCAUCGUGGUCGCAAACUACGAAGAGACGGUGAAGAUGCCCAUCAACGAGCCGGCGAUGGGGAAGAGGAAGUCUCAGAUCCAGGCAGGUCCUUCAGACUUUAACGAACACGUAAAGUUAGAGCUGUUUGUGUUUCUGCUGAGCCGACACCGAGCGGGUUAAAACCAGCUCUGACAGGAUACUGAGUCUGUCUCAGGCUGAUCAGGUCACAUCCAGAGAAAUCUAGACCGGUCUGAUGGUUUCAUGUGGAAAUAAACUUUAAAACAACAACAGCUCGAUUUAUCCGAGGAACCUUUCAGCCCCACAAUAAAAAGUCUGAACCAUCAUCUCCUUCUGUUUCUCCUCUCAGGAAUAUGUGGAGUACUACGGAGGUCCAGGCGUGCAGCACAUCGCCAUGAACACGUCUGACAUCAUCACCGCUGUGAGUCUAAAAACUUUCUUUACUUUAGCGUGAGGAUGUCUCCUCAAAGCUGUCUCAGUGAAGCUCUGAUCAAUCCCUGGAUUACAGAUCCGUAACCUGAAGGAGCGUGGGAUGGAGUUCAUGAGCGUCCCCGACACCUACUACGACCAGCUGAGGAGGAACCUGAAAAACUCAAAGGUCCGGGUGUCCGAGGACCUGGAUGUGCUGCAGGUACAGACGAGUUUGAGCGCUGGAGAGUGUGUCGAUCUUUAGUAGUUUUGACCGACUCUAAAUCUUAGAGGAUGAAGCUCCACAGGUGAUGUUAUACGAGUGAGAACCUCAGCAGGGGGACCAGAACCCUGACGUGACCCUCCAUCAUUAUUUCUUCAGUUUCUCCACAGAGGCAGAUAUGAAACAUGCUGAGACUUCUCUUAGAGUUCGACCAAUCAGAGUGGAGUAUUAAACUCAGCCUGGUCCUGUGUGUUUGUUUUAAACUGCACUUUAACACAAACGUUCUUUCCCAUGAUCCUCUCUGACUCUUUUCCAGGAGCUGAAGAUCUUGGUGGACUACGACGAUAACGGGUAUUUACUUCAGAUCUUCACCAAACCGGUUCAGGAUCGACCCACCGUGUUCCUGGAGGUCAUUCAGAGACACAACCACCAGGUGAGGGCGCCACUGUGCAGUCUUUAUCUCAGAGUCAACAUUAAGGAGCAUCUUUGUACAAACUUAAACGCCUGAUUUCUCCACAGGGGUUUGGUGCAGGAAACUUCAAGUCUCUAUUUCAGGCCAUCGAGGCGGAUCAGCAGGCGAGAGGAAACCUGACCGUGCUGACGCCCAACGGGAUUUCAAAGAGCAUGUGAUCACAGCGAGUGUUUCAGU